AUGGCGAUGAACAUAUACAUAUCAUUGCCAAACCGAUUAGCUUGCAGAGGCAUGUCUCAAAUAUUUGCUAGGAGGUUACAUUUGUCGCAGAGAUGUCUUCGGCAGGUUAAAAAGCCCAAGAGGGCUUCCCGUACCUCUAACAAAGAGUUUGGAGAUGCAUUCUCCAUCCCCAAUCGUGCUAUGUUGGAUCCACCAACUCCAUUGUCUCAGGAGGAUAUUGAUAGGAUCAAUUACAUGUUUUUAUCACGUACCAAAGAUUUGGAACCAGGUGUCGAGGUCAAGGAUUUAAAUCGUAUCAAGCAAGAAUUUUACUCGAGAUAUGGCGCUAGAUAUUUGAAUCCAUGUAAUUCUUGGUUCCAAAGGAGUGAACAGAAUAUACUGGGGAAAAGUUUUAGUCGAUCUUUGAUUAAUGCAGAUCCAGAAGCUCUAGGGAUCAAAAACAAGAGGUUCCUCAAGUUUGAUCCAAAAGAACUAAUGUCUAGACCUUUACAAAUUGGUGAUUUAGUUCUUUUGAAACACCAAUCGCCACAGUUAUGCAUGUGCAUAGACGUCCCAUCUUCAACUAGAGAUCCUAGGUACACGUUUACAACCGUUGACGGUACAAUUAUUUUUUCAACAAGGAAUAAGGUUCUCAUGCGAAUACCACAUCAUUUGCCCAAUGUUCCAUUAUUGAUGAAAGAAAUGAAACAUGGCUUCGAACCCGUUGGAUGUGUUAAGAACACAACUACAGAGACUUUCAUACUCCCAAUAGUACCACGUCAACAAAUCACAAGUCCAAUUUCUCAUCAAAUUUCUAAGAGAGCUUGGGAAGAAAUGCCCUUUACACUGAAGAAACUUGAGCUUUUACACAGACACUUGCAAGAUGCUCGUGGACCUUGGCAGGUUCCUUUUAUGAAUUUAGUCAGCAUGGUCGAAAAGUUGGACAUGCAGUUGGCUUCUGCCUCCAAUACAGGUGCCGCCUACGUGGAGGAUCUAAUUAGGACGUGCACUUUUGAACCCCAGGCAAAGUUAGAUUCUGCUAUUUUCUUAUCUGUUUAUUGUGCCAUUGAGAAUCAACAACAAUCCCAUCUUUGGGGUAACAUACAUUCCAGUAGAGCAUUAUUAUCACCAGUAUCAGUAACAGUAAUGCCACUGAGAUCUCAACAUUUGUACCAUAGAUCCGUCUUACAGAAUUUGAAGGUCCGGAAUUACGAAGCAGUCUCCAAAUUUGCUCGAUUGGUGGACACUGGUAAAUACAACGAAGCAAUAAUGGAAUAUCCUGAGAUCGUUAAACUUUUGCAAGAUUAUGCAGCCGGAAAUUUUUACAACGAUGCCACAGCGAUAUCGGUAGUAUCCAAAAUCUUCCGCAAGAUUCAACGCUUUCAAGAGGAAGACAUCACCAGAGACAUUUGUCACCAACUAUUGAAAGAGUUGGACUCCUCACAGACUACAAGGAAUCCCCUACACUACAAUUUAGAUCUAGGAUUACCUUCAUCUUCUUUAAGAUCUAGCUCGGAACAAGACAUUUACAAUCUAGCUCAUCCAGUCACUUUUGAGGGACAAGAUAAGAAUUUGAGACAUGAUUUUGGCGAUAUGAAAGUUUAUUGCAUUGAUUCAGAAACCGCUCAUGAGAUCGAUGAUGGUGUCUCUAUAGAAUCCCACAGUGAUGUUAAGCGAACUUUACACAUUCACAUUGCAGAUCCAGCCUCUUUCUUCCGUGAAUGCCAAGAGGGUACCCAUGGGAUUGAAAGUGAAAUCUUGCAGAUUGCAUUAAACAAAUCCUUUACCACCUAUUUGCCGGAUUUGAUGUCCCCUAUGUUACCGGGAAGUUACAGCAAAGCCGCCGAUCUAGGUAAACAAGGUCAGAAGGCUAAGACCAUAACUUUUUCGGUAGAUGGAUCUUGGAUCAAAAAUGGACAGUUCCAAUUACAACCAGAAUCAUUCAGAAUAAAAUUGGGAUUAGUUUCCAAUUUCCCUCAAGUCACCUAUAAUACUGUAGAUUCGAUGCUAGCGCAGGCAUCUGAGGUGAAAAAUGGAAGUGCUAAUCUGACAGACGAUCAAAGAAAUUUGAAAGAGUUGUACGCGAUUUCCCAAAAUUUACGUGCUAAUAGAAUAAACACCCAACAGGCUGUUGUUUUUGGUAGUGAGUUUAACAAAGGCCAAGUAGCCCUAUCCCCUGAUGAAAAUGGGGUUCUACAAAAAGUUUCAUUCAAGGAUCAAUUAGAAACGCCCUCCUCAGUUCUCGUUUCCGAAAUGAUGAUUUUAGCCAAUACUUUAUCAGGACAAUUCUUCAAGGAUAAUAAUCUACCCGGUGUGUUUAGAUGUUAUCAACCACUAGCAUUGGGCCCACAGGCCCAAAACGAGUACGAAUUAUUGAAAUCCAAGAUCAAAGAAGGCAAAUCACUUACAUUCAAAGAUAUCUGUAUGAUAUCUACCAUUCUAAACAGCAGUUUCUAUUCCAGUGAUGGUUAUCGACACGAAAUGAUAGGUGCCCCACACUAUUUGACUGUUACUUCACCGCUAAGGAGAUUCCCAGAUAUGAUAAACCAUUUACAAAUACAUAGGCUCCUGAAGGGUCUUCCGCUGUGCUUUAACAAAGACGACGUUGAUAGAUUUGUAUGGCAUAUCCAAUCACGCGACUCUAUUCUGAAGGAUGCAAGCCGUUGUUCCAAUACUUAUUGGACCCUCAAAUAUCUGAAGCAAUUGGUGGAAAAUGACAAAAACAAGAAAUUCAGUGUCAUGAUUAACUCUGUGCCACAAGUCGGUUUUGUCAGAUGCGUACUACCAGAUUAUUCAUCUGCGAGGGCGACACUAAAAUUAAAACCCAACGAAAUCUCACAUCCUGUCAUUGGUGACAUUAUAGAAAACUGUAGAAUUACAAAAAUCGAUGCUUUAGAGGGUCUAUUGGAAAUGGAAUUAUAA